AUGUGCUUAGCCAGCACCUCCACAAGGUCGCUGGACCUUAUCUUGGAAAAGUACUGUAGGGCGAAAACUAUGGCGCAAUCCUCGAAGGAUUUAACGCCUGUCUCGCUGCCAAACUCUAACUUGGGUUCGCUAAACAGGCGACACGAAAGCUCCAAGCGCGGCGGUCCGGUAGCGUCAUCCAAGUAUGCCGACAUCAAACCGGAUGCGGAGGUGGGGUCCAAAGCAGACGAGUCACUGUUGUUUGCUUCCUUCUCUUCGGAGGGUGUAGCGAUGACAUCACCGGAAAGCGACUCUCUUCCAGCCGCAACGUCCGAUUCCGCUGGAGCGCUGUUCUUGGCGGCCUUACGGGCCUUGCGAUUCGAUACACUAGCAGACGCGCUUUCGAAUUCGGACAGUAGGUUCACGUUCAAAAAGUAA